GGCCGAUUUUCGAGGCAGUCGGCCUCGAAAAUCGGCCUGUCCUACCAAAGUCGUCCUACCAAACUGUGCAGUCGCCCGUUUUUCGAAGCUUAAACAUUACCCGAGUGGAAUUUUGUGCCUAUCGCCUCAUGAUCAUUCAUCUUUUGAUCUCGAAUCGGAUUACCUAAUUACCAACACCUUAGUGAGUGCCUUGGAUUACCUGAACAGCGAAUUGACUUUAUCAUACGCUCAACCGAACUUUUUCCUCCAAAGAUCACAGAAAGUACCCGUUCUGGAAAUCACCAAAGGACCGAUACAUCAGAUGUACGACAAUUUCAUCAGUAUUGAGAAAAUUUCUUCUGCAAAUCUCCCAUUGAAUUUCAAAUUUAAGAUAAACGACUUUAUGAAGAGAUUUGGAAAGAUUCCUCUCGGCAUAUCAAUUGGAGGAUUCUUCUAUAUAAAACAGGAUUUCCCGAUUAGAGUAAGUUUCCAUUUGUUUUCUAAUAAUGUUGAUAGACAUCACAUAGAAAUAAUAUUGAUAAAAUAUCGUUAUUUUCAGGUGUUAAGUGCGAUUUAUUCAAUAUUCUCGUCGUGUAUUCAAGUGAGCGGAAUUUUAAAAAAAGAAACAAAAUGCAUAAUCAAACAAGGAAACAACACUCACGGUAUUUAAUCAUUUUCCAAACAAAAUACAACUAAAUUUGAUUGUUAUUGGACUUUGAUGUCUUUAUAUGUAUUCAUUUCAUGUAUUAAUGCACCUUUCCCGAAAAUAAAUUAAUGGUUUAUCAUAAUCUUUAGAACUAAAUGUCGAUAUUUAAUUAUAUGUUCUCAUUUUAUAUGUAUAAAACACUAUUAGCAAUACGGAAGUUAAUGCUGAAUGUGCUCACUGUUCUGCAGAGUAUGAACAGUGUGUUUAACAACCGACUGUACUUGGACCUCUGUGAUAGUUCUCACAUGCAGUGUGGUGCCAUCUUUGGAAGUUGCCAAAUUUUCAACAAUUCCUCGAUAAACCACACUUCUUAAUGUGUGCCCAUAGCCAAAAAUCAUAAAGAUUAAACAUCCAACU